CCGUGGCCCCGCCCCCAGGCCGUCCAUAAAUGCGCCGGGCCGGUGCGGCUUCCGAGCGCGGCUUCCCGGAGACUGGGCGAGGUCGGCGGGGCCUGCGGCUGUUUCGCUGUCACGCGUGGGGCGCGGCGGACGCGGAGCUGCAACCAUGCUGUUCUGGCACACGCAGCCCGAGCACUACAACCAGCACAACUCCGGCAGCUACCUGCGGGACUUGACUAGUGCUCUUCAAAGGGAAAACGAUGUGCUCGCUUUGCCCAUCUUCAAGCAAGAGGAGCCCCAGCUGUCCCCCGAGAACGACGCUCGCCUGCCGCCUCUGCAGUACGUGUUGUGCGCGGCCACGUCCCCUGCCGUGAAGCUGCACGAGGAGACUCUGACCUAUCUCAACCAAGGUCAGUCUUACGAAAUCCGACUGCUGGAGAAUCGGAAGCUGGGAGACUUCCAAGAUCUGAACACAAAAUACGUCAAGAGCAUCAUCCGUGUGGUUUUCCAUGACCGCCGGCUACAGUACACAGAGCACCAGCAGCUGGAGGGAUGGCGCUGGAGCCGGCCCGGGGACCGGAUCCUGGACAUCGAUAUUCCACUGUCUGUUGGUAUCUUGGACCCCAGGGCCAGCCCGACCCAACUGAACGCAGUGGAAUUUUUAUGGGACCCUUCGAAGAGAGCCUCGGCGUUCAUUCAGGUGCACUGUAUCAGCACCGAGUUCACUCCCAGGAAGCACGGGGGUGAGAAGGGCGUGCCUUUCCGGGUGCAGAUCGAUACAUUUAAGCAGAACGAGAAUGGGGAGUACACGGAGCACUUGCACUCGGCCAGCUGCCAGAUCAAGGUGUUCAAGCCAAAGGGAGCUGACAGGAAACAGAAGACUGACCGGGAAAAGAUGGAGAAAAGAACGGCCCAGGAGAAGGAGAAGUACCAGCCAUCCUAUGAGACCACCAUUCUCACAGAGUGUUCCCCGUGGCCGGACAUGGCCUACCAGGUGAACAGUGCUCCCUCUCCAAGCUACAACGGCUCUCCAAACAGCUUCGGCCUUGGCGAAGGGAACAGUUCUCCGACGCACCCGGUGGAGACCCUACCGCUGGGCAAUGAUCACCUGCUUCCGUCAGCCUCAAUCCAGGACGCCCAGCAGUGGCUCCACCGAAACAGGUUCUCACAGUUCUGCCGGCUCUUCGCCAGCUUCUCGGGUGCUGACUUGCUAAAGAUGUCUCGGGAGGAUUUGGUCCAGAUCUGUGGGCCUGCAGAUGGGAUCAGACUCUUCAAUGCCAUCAAAGGCCGGAAUGUGAGGCCAAAGAUGACCAUUUACGUCUGUCAGGAGCUGGAGCAGAACCGAGCACCGCUGCAGCAGAAGCGGGACGUUGGUGCAGACAGCAGUCUUUGUGUGUACCAUGCCAUCUUCUUGGAAGAGCUGACUACCUUGGAGCUGGUUGAGAAGAUCGCCAACCUGUACAGCAUCUCCCCCCAGCAUAUCCACCGAGUCUACCGGCAGGGCCCCACGGGCAUCCACGUGGUGGUGAGCAAUGAGAUGGUGCAGAAUUUCCAAGAUGAGUCUUGUUUUAUUCUCAGUACCUUAAAAGCCGAGAGCAAUGAUGGCUACCACAUCAUCCUGAAAUGUGGCCUCUAAGCAGAAGUAUCAUGUGUAAAGGAGAGCCUCCCACCCCUAGCUCGUGGAUUCCCUCGGAUGUAGAGAUUGCACCACUGUAAGCUGCGGCCUCUCCUGGCAAGCUGUGACCAGGAGGGACUUGGCCCAGUCUAUGAAAACCACGGACCAAUAACCAGCAGAAACCCCGGGGUGCAGUCUCUGGCAUGCAGAAAGCCAGUGGCUCCUCUCUCCCUUCCUCUUGGACUCCAGCUUUUGAAUGGUUCCUUGUUCUUUGCCUGCUGCUCUAAAGAGGCACAUAGCGGGGACAUCUUCUCUGAAACCCUGCUAGUUCUUUGGGUAUCUUGGUGCCACUGUAUCCUUCCACCAUUCCCCUGCCUCCAGGGAAGGCCCUGGCUCACCCCCAGCCUUCCCGUUGACAAGGACUGCUGGAUGGAUGUAGGUGGUUUGCCUCCAUUCUGUCUUCCUGUUGGUCUCCCUCCUCAGAGACCCUGGUGAGCAUCAUCUUUCUGAUUCUUGGUUGGAUUGAUGGGAAUGGGAUUUAUUCUGUGCCUUCUGCUUCUCUCACCUUGACUCUUGUUUCUAAGGACCUGCCGCCCCAGUGCCCAGAGAUGGGUUUUCCAGUCUCUGCAUUUGCCAUGUAUACAGCACAGUCCAUGUGUAGGACCUGCCACCAGACCUGGGUCUACGCCAUUAGGAGGGAGGGAGAGAAAAACUGUUCCCAGGUGCAUUAUCACAAGUAUAAAAGGGAUGAGACAAGAGGAUUUUUUUUCUUUUUUUCUUUUUUAUGUUGCCCUUGAGCUUCUUUUAUAUAAUUUUUUUUUCUCAGCAAUCUUGGGUUAAAGGAGGACUAGGAAAUGAGCGUCCCACCAUGUGAUCAGAUGACCUUGACAGUCAAUGAUAGCAGGUCCUUGCAAGGACUUAACCAAGUCCCAUUUAGAGAAGACCUUGGUUAACUACUGCCAAAUUUGCCAAGUUUCCCAGGGACUUUGUCUCUUGUCUGGGGUCCCCCAUUUAAAUGUUCAUCCUUGUAGAGGAUUGUUUCGGCAUUCUGCCUGCAUGGGGAUGGUUGGAUCACCUCCCUUAGUGGCUUAAUUAUGGGGAAAUUUAAGUAACUCAGUUACUAAUUGAGUAAACUCAUGAAUUAGUUUUCAUCUUGCCUCUGUUUCUGGGACCCAGUCAUCUCUACCUUUUGCUAACUUACGUUUAUCUUCCAAAGCACUGGGAAACCCUAUGACCAGCCACACAGGAUUGUACAACUUGUAAAGUGGAGCUUUGGGGGAAUACUGUGUUACGAUUAAGGAUGAUCAGAACCACGUAGACCUUGUUUUAUAGAUGAGGAAAGUGAAGCCUAGAGGGGAGAAGCCACCUGACUGAUACCACGUAGUGAUAGGGCAGUGGUAGAAAUUUAUCAUAUAAACCAAGACACUUGAGAUGGUGGAAGGGGCUCUCUGGUCAUGGUUAUGUUAGGACAACGGGUGAGUUCCUCCAGAGUACAGCAGGCUCCUGGUUCCUCUUCUGUUUAGGGGGAGGAUGGGGCAGCAGGUAACAGAUUUAUUGGGAUACAGUUCAUAGACCAUACAGUGUUCUCGUGUAUAGUAUCCAGCUCAGUGGUUUUUAGUGAAUCCACAGAAUCAGCACAUUCAAUUUGACAUGAUUUUCCUUGCCCUCCAAAGAAACCCUAUUACCUUUAGCGAUCACCCUCCCUCUCCAGCGCCUCCCCCUCAACUUCCUUGGAUCUAGGCAACCGUGAAUCUCCUUUCAUGGAUUUACCUAUUCUGGGCCUAUCAUGUAUAUGGAAUCACGGUGGCCUUUUGUGGCUGGCUUUUUUUUUUUUUUUUUUUAAAGUAGCUUAAUGUUUUCUAGGGUUUUCCAUGUUGAGCAUGUAUCCAUACUUCAGUCCUUUCUAGAGCUCUAAUGUUCCGUUCUAUGGCUGUACCUACCACGUUUUGUGUAUCCUCUCACCAGUUGAUCGAUCUGUGAGUUGUUCUACUCUCUGGCUGUUAUGAAUAGUGCUGCUAUGAACAUAGUUGUACAAGUUUUUACAUACACAUAGGUUUUCAUUUCUCUGGAGUAUAUACCUAGGAGAGGAAUUGCUGAGCUGUGUAGAACUCUGUGUUUAACUUUUGGGAAACAGCCAGGCUGUUUCCACAUUCCCAGCAGCAGCUCAGGAGGGCUCCAGUGUCCCCACAUCCUUGCUGGUGGUUGCUAAUUACCUGCCUUCUUGAUGAGAGGAUUCUAGUGGGUGUGAAGUAGGGGGUCUCUGUGGUUUUUGAUCUGCAUUUCUCCCUGAUGGCUAAUGAUGUUGAGCCUCUCUUCAUGUGCUUACUGGCCAUUCGCAUGUCUUCUUUGAUACCUGUUUAGAUCCAUUGUGGGUCAUUUGUCCUUUUUUUUUUUAUUACUGAGUUGCAUGAGUUCUUUGUAUAUUUAGAUGGAGGUCCUUUAUCAGAUACACGAACUGUGAAACUUCUCUCCCAUUCUGGAGAUUAUCUUCACUUUCUUAAGAUGUCCUUUGGAACACAAAUUUUUUAAUUUGGAUGAUGCCUAAGAUGUGUGUUUUUUGUUGCUUGAGUCUUUUGUGUCAUAUCUGAAAAACCACUGUGUAACCCAAGGUCAAGAUUUAUGCUUAUGUUUCCUUUGAAGAUUUUUUACAGUUUCAGCUCUCAGUGGUCUUUAAUUCAUUUUAGGUUACCUUUUGUAUAUGGUAUGAGGUAGAGGUCCAGCACCAUUCUCUUGCGUGCGGAUGCCCAGUUCCCUCAUCAGUUGCUGACCCUUGCUAAAGGCCCUUGAAUGUUAACUGGGUCUUUUCUUCUGGGACACGGGGCUGUCACCGGGAACUAUGUGUUUUUGUUUUUGUUCCCCUCCCUUUUUUUAAAUUCUCCUGUGCCCCCCAUUUUUAUGAUUGUCUCUCUGUUUUUCUCCUACUGUGUCCCCCUUAAGCUUCUCAGCAGUACUGGGUCGUAUCACACUCUCCUGUUCUGCAGGAUUUCUUGGUACAUGUUCUGACUCUACACAGUCAUCCUAGUCAGGACCAGUCAUUUCCUUUCUGGUGGAAACUCAGUCACAAGGAAAUGGAAUCCUUUGCCCAAGGUGACACAGAAUCGGGGCUGACCUUUGGUGUCCACUGCCAGUCUUCCAGAGUGUCUGUGAGUCACUAGACCUAAGUCAUGCCACUCCCAGACCAAGUGACGACAGCCUGAAUUUUUAAUUGUAAAAAUGUGAUAGGGUAAUAGUUUUAUUUCUUAACUCCAGAUGAGGGUAUAAUUAAGAUCUAUUAUCUUAAAUUUUCUAUUAGUGGAGUCUUCCAUUUUCUGGAACCCCCACUGGUAUCUGUUUUUCUACUUGUGUGUUUUAAUCUUUUUUUUUUUUUUUAAUAUUUUUAAGUAAUCUCUACACCCAACAUGGGGCUUGAACUCAAACCCUAAUAGAGAGUUUGCAAACUCUACUGACUGAGCCAGCCAAAUGUCCCUUUUGCAUUUCUCUAAUGGUUCUAGAUAAAAUUUUGCAGCUCACAGAGAAGUAGAACAUAAAUACACAUCAUAAUUUGGUACAGAAAUGUUUUAGCUGCUUCAUUUCAGCAGCUUGUCCUCCUUAUGCAGGAAUCAGAUGAGCUAGAGUUUAUUUUUUCCAUUUAAAAUACAGAAAAGCCAGAGCACUUCCCACUCCUGUCCACUGCCUUUCCUGUGAGUUCUGAGGCCAGAGUCGGGGGUUGUGGGGAUGGGGCAGCCUGCCCAGAAUUGUAGCCUUCAUCCCAUGGGUUCUAGGCUGUGGCUUCUGCUGUGGCUCCUUUUCCAGCAGCCGUUUUUAAAGGUGUGAUCUUAGAGAACGAUCUCCCCAUGAGCUCAGGCCGCCAUCUUGUGAACUAGAAGCCUCAAGCUGAAUUCCUUGUUUUCAGGCCCCAUUUAUUUUUCUGUUUGAAAGGUUGUGAUAAACCUUACUGUGUCUGCCAGGUUGCACCUUUACAAUGAAGACACAGAGGCUUUUGAAUGGAGGGACAAUAGGGUUUGCUGGGGGAAGGGAUGGAUGGAAAGAACGGGGUGGAGUAGGGAGUUUCAAGUCAGGGCUUAGGGUCGGAAGCAAAGGUUAGCCAGCUGCCCCUCUGACCUCUUGCCCAGGCAGCCUCGGGCCCCUUGGGAAGAGCUAUUAACCUAGAGGGCACUUUCCUGGGAGCAGACUGGAGCUGGCUGAGCUGUGGGUCACAAGUUUCCAAGUCCAGAGUGGCUUUGGGGCCUGGCCUGAGUAACUUAAGCUCGAAAAUCAUUAACGAGCUGAUGAGAAACAUGGAAAACCUCUCUUGCUGUUGCUGGUGGAGUGAGCCAGCCUGCAGGCUCUCCAGGGGGAGGAGCCAAGGAUGAGGAGUGGGGGUGAUGGCCGUGGCCAUGCCCAAGGGUGCAGGAGCCAGGGACCAGACCCUUGCUUGGCCGGAGCGUCUGCCUCUGUCGAGUCGUGGCUGGCUCGGUCAGGAGGUGAGCUUGAGGGGUGGUGGAGCUUUCCCACUUUCCCCUCCAUGAGUCCUAGGGUAGGCAUGUGUCGCAUUGGUGCGUGUGUCCCUGUUGUCCAUAGCUGUGCUGAUAUCUCCGCUUGGGUUGCUGUGCGCCUGAGGUCUAGUAGCUGGGCUGGAUCUUCCAGAAGCCUGUCUUGCUCACAGCUGGGUGGCUGCCCUAUCAGCGCCCUGAGAAGGGCCGCCAGCUGUUCCUUGGUGACUGAGCCCAGAUUCUGUGCUGGCCAGGUCCGUGUAUGCGUUACCGAUGCAUGCGUGUGCACGCGCACCCCUGCCCUCGCUCCUGUAUCUGGCCAGCCUGAGCACAGCCCUAAAAAGUUUCAGCUCACUGGAUGUGGUGACCUGUGCUCUGAGAUGUCGUGUGACACUCAUUCAGGCUCUGUGGAUGAAACUAACUGGUCAGGGGCAACGUUGCCCUGGUUAGCGGGGUGGGGGAGGUGCACACCCUGGGCCCACCUCUUCUGGGGAGGGGAGCAGUGCUGGUAGCUGACAUCUGACAAGGACCUCAGAACCAGGGCUCGUGGAGUUGGUCUUCAUGCCCCUGCCUCCUGUGCCGUUUCUCCCCUCGAUUUCCUUGCUCUAUGUUUAAUACCGUCAGUCAGGGAGCUAGCAGGGAGCCAGAAGCCUUUUAACCAUGAGAAGUUUUCAAACCGUCAUCAAGGAGAGAACAAUAUAAUUAACCCCAGUAUCCCAUCACCCGGCUCCCACCAUGACCAACAUAACAUCUGUUCGCGUAGGGGUCAGUGGACUGCGGGCCAUAUCCUGCUCACUGCCAGCUUGAGUGACAUCUGAUGACAGAGCACAGUCUCUGAACCCAAGUGAACUGUACCCGGCAUCCCCUGUCCCAAUUCCAUUCUUCUCAUGAGUAGACCUGUAUUACAAAGGAAAGUAUUCAGUUACUAUAUCUUGAAUUCCAUCAACAAAAAGUCGUGGAAAUUCCAUUUUCUCUUCUGACAUAAUACUGACUCGCCUCUUGGUCCUCAGUGCUGAAAACAGAUACUAGCCAGGCCUUUCCAGAAAAUCUUGGCCAACCACUGAGGUCAAGCGAGGGGUCACCUUCUUGCUGGGGCAGUCUGGUCCUUAUGGGUCCCCCGCUUCUCCACUCCAGGUGACGGAGUGCUGCAUCCGGCCUUCGGUUGGUAACAACACCAAUGCUAAUAGCCAUGGCGGAUGCUGGCUGGCCUCCCCUGGGUCAGGCUUGGAGCUCAGCGCUUCUGCCAUUGUCCUUUUCCAUCCUCCCCACUGUGCUGAGGCUACCGUGGCCCAGUGUUCCACGUGAGGAAGUCAAGACAGAAAUCAGAUGCCAGCCAGGGGUCCUCCAACCAUUAGUGCAUCAAGCCAGGGUGAGAAUUGGGGUAUCUGGGUCUGGGUUCCCCAUCGAUAGGGUGCACUCUUGCAUGCCACAUUGGGGAGCAAGCUCCUUACACAGUGCUGCCUUUCAUCCUGUGAUGUUAUCCCUGGGCCUGGUGGCGCCAUAGUCAGGAAACAUUUUUGGGGCUUGGUUGUUGAAGACCAGAGAAGGGGAGGCGCCUGGUGGCUCAGUCGGUUAAGCGUCUGACUCUUGAUUUCAGCUCAUGUUACGAUCUCAGGGUGUUGAGGGGCCCCUUGUGUCAGGCUCUGUGCUCCCUGGGGAGUCUGCUUGUCCAGCUCCCUUUGGCCCCUCCCCCUGCUCAUGUGCUCUCAACUAAAUAAAUAUUGGGGGGAAAGAAAAGAUGGGGGGAUUGUUUGUGUGCCUCUACCCUCAGCCCUCUCCUUGCUGGCUAAAAAGUUGGUCACUGUGUCCUCCAAUGUUCAUGUAUGUAAUGUGAUUCUUUCCUAAUAUGUAACUUCCCGAGCUUUCUCCAGAUUGGGUGACUCUUUCGUGAAGGUGGUGGGAGUCUGCUGGGUGUUGUGGGCCUUGGGCAGGUCAAGAGGUUGUGCUGGGUCAUGGGAGGUGGGCGUUGGGACAGAAGUCACACUGCCGCAUUGUUUUUGUACCUGAAAUACAGCAUAUUUUGCACUUGUUACUGUACCAUUGUGCAGAUGAGAAAUCUGUAUGUGGGAUCGGGGCUUGGGUCAGAAUGCAAAUAAAACUCAUUUGUAAGA